UACUUUAUUAACUAGGACCCUACCAAUUUUCAUAAUUUCACCUGGACCAUGCUCUUCAACUUCUCCUCAUUUUCCUUUUCCCAUUCUUUACUCCAAGGCAAUCUAAACGUGCUUAAAUCCCCAUUAAACAAAAUAUACCACCAUAAAUUCACCGUUUGAUCAAAUUCAUAGUACAAGAAAUUUGAUAAAACAUGUCGAACUUCCAAGAUUUUUCCGACAGGAAAAGGGCACGUAAGGCGCCGGAGAAAUCGAACUUCGUUCAUACUUGCAAUCUAUUGAGUCAAUUUAUCAAGGAGAAAGGUAGUUUAAGAGAUUUGAAUUUUGAAAUUGGUGAUAGAGUGGAAAGCCUUGAAUCCAUAGUGAAAGCAGAUAAAUAUCAAGUUGCAGCGUCUACAAGAACGAAAUCCUUGACCAAUAUGGAAAACCCAGUUCAAGAAUCGACAAAACAAUAUCCGUCAAUGGAUCCUAUUCCCCGACGAGGCAUGCCGGGGUCAUCGAGUAAUUUACAAGAUUCCUCAAAUAAAGCUGCUAAAAGACAGGCAGCAACAAUGGAGUCCAAGAAUGCCCAGCUGACUAUCUUUUACGCUGGUAGAGUUUUGGUAUUUGAUGAUUAUCCACCGGAGAAAGUUACAGAACUAGCGGAAUUUGCAAGCAAGGAAAGCUCUAAGGAACCGGAAGGCAUAUCAUCGAACCACCACGUUAAAGAAAAAGUAAACAUGGGGACUUUAACUGCGCGAGAACAGCUUCCUCCAAGGCCUGAUGCCUCAGUUUCUCGUAAAGAUAAACGCGUUUUGCCCAAUUCCGGCGAAGAAGAGCAAGAUCUGCUCCCGCCCCGACACGAAGCUAGUGGUUCUCAUAAGGCUAAAGGCAUUUUGCUGAAUUCAGAGAUAGAGAAAAUGAACACUGGUGGUGCUGUGGGCUCUUCCUAUAAGCAAAAAGAAGUGCUUUCACCACAACUUGAAGCCAGUGGCUCUGAUUUGCCAAUUGCAAGAAGAUCAUCACUUCAUAGGUUUCUUGAGAAGAGAAAAGACAGGACUGUAAAGGAGCAAAACCAAAUUCAAGAGCUGCAGCCUGCAUAUUCUUCCAAGCCCGACGAGCAGCUUGAGCUCAAAUUAUAGAUACAUUGUGCUACUAGGAUUAAUCUGGCUUAUACUUAUUGAAUUCUGAAUGAUUUUUGUUCACAAUUUUUUAACACUCAUUGUUAGGUUAUUUUCGAUAGAACUUGGUAGUUUUAUUUUGUUAGAUUAUGGUGUCCAAGUUUGUAACUUAACCGAAAUUGUUGGUUCCAUAUGAACUAUAUUUCUGUAAUGGUUGUACGAUUCUUCAAUCAUUGUUCUUAAGUUCCAAGGAAAUCCCAUCGAGAUUGAAUUA